UUAUUUAUUCAUGCGUUACAGCUCGCCGGAACGAUGACGAAAGCGUAACUCAGAGUCCGCAUGCAGUGGCAGCACUACAACCCACAGUCAAAAUCUCCCAUCUCUCUCUCAUCGUGUGUGAUCUGAUCAAACUCAGGAGGCUGGCGUCGUUCCGAGGAUACGAGGAACUGGUCUGCAAUCCCCGACUUGCCUGAUGCUGCUCGUCAUUGACCACUCGCCCGUCCUCUCUUUCAACGUGCAGGAAACGAGAAUAGACGUGUGGCAAGGAUUAGUCGCAUCGAGACAUAGGUUGUAGUCCGUAGUAACACCGCCCGCCAACUAAUGCAGCAAUGAUUUGAACAUCACUUCACCCCUGCAUCUCUUCUCUUAUCGUCCCUGCCCGAAGGGCCUCAAGUUUAUAUCGAGAACUCUCCCCGGUCUUCUUCCCACGUCCCGCUCUCCUCCUCCUCAACUCAAAGAUGGCUUCAGCUCCGUUCUUCCUUCUCCUUCCCGUGGCUUUACUCCUCCUCGUCUCCUCCACUCUCCAACAGGAAGAAGGUGGCCUCGACGAGAUUCACACCCCACAAACCUAUAUAGUUCGCGUCCGCAGUGACCUUAAACCCUCCGUCUACCCGGAAGUUGAACACUGGUACUCCGCCACCCUCCGCUCCCUCUCUUCUUCCUCCAGCGCCGUAAAUGAAAACCCCGCCCGGGAGACUUACCGCCCGCGGGCCCUUCUCCACGUUUACCGCACCGUCUUCCACGGUUUCUCCGCUGUCCUGUCCUCCGCCGAGGCCGACCUCCUCAGCUCCCAGCCUGGCGUCCUCGCAGUCUUCCCCGAUCGCCGCCAACGCCCCCACACCACCCGCUCCCCCCAAUUCCUUGGUCUGCUAUCCCCCGCCUUCCGCCCCAACUCCCUCCUCUCCGCCACCGACUCCGGAUCCUCCGCCGUCAUCGCCGUCCUCGACACCGGCGUCCGCCCCGACCACCACAGCUUCUCCGAGACGGGACCCACCCAGAUGCCACCCCGGUGGAGGGGCGCCUGCGAGCCCGGCCCGUCCUUCCCCCCCACUUCCUGCAACAAGAAGCUUGUCGGCGCCCGCUUCUUCUCCUCCGGUUUCCUGGCCUCCACGAAGAACGCAUCCUCCGACGUCCUGUCCCCCAUCGACACCGAGGGCCACGGCACACAUACCGCCUCCACCGCCGCUGGCGUCCCCGUCCCAGGCGCAUCCCUUCUCGGCGUCUAUGCUGCUGGUGUCGCCUCCGGAGUCGCUCCAAAAGCCCGCGUUGCCGCCUACAAGGUCUGCUGGUCCUCGGGAUGCUUCGACUCCGAUAUUCUAGCUGCCCUCGACCGCGCCGUGGACGACGGUGCGGACGUCAUCUCCCUUUCCGUCGGAUCCAACCCCGUACCGCUCCACCUCGACCCCAUCGCCAUCGGGGCCUUCGGAGCAGCAGAGCACGGCGUUCUCGUGUCCGCAUCCGCCGGCAACGGUGGCCCGAACGAGAUGACCGUCACCAACGUCGCCCCAUGGAUCGUCACCGUCGGAGCCAGCACCAUCGACCGCCGUUUCCCUGCAGACGUCGUUCUUGGCGACAGGACCGUCCUCACCGGCGUUUCCGUCUAUGCUGCGGACGCGCAUACCGGCGCUUCCCUCGUUGGCGAGCUCCCGUUGGUAUACGCGGGGAACGCGUCCACGUCGCGCCCCGGUUUCCGGUCCUCCGCCCACUUCUGCAUGAGGGAGUCUCUGGAACCGGCGCUAACACGAGGUAAAGUGGUGCUCUGUGAACGCGGGGGCAUCCCGCGCGUCGAGAAGGGGUUAGCCGUGAAGGAGGCCGGUGGAGCGGGAAUGAUUGUGGCCAAUCAGUUUCUGGACGGGGAGGGCUUGGUGCCGGACGCGCACCUCCUCCCGGCCGUCAACGUCGGCUACUCGACCGGGAACAUAAUCCGUGCCUACGUCCGCUCCACCGCCGACGCACGCGUCCGUCUGGUCUUCCGCGGGACCCAGGUCGGGGUCAAGCCCGCGCCGGUAGUGGCCGCCUUCUCCGGGCGCGGGCCCAGCGCCCCGUCGUGCUACCUCAUCAAGCCCGACGUGGUGGCACCGGGCGUCGGCAUCCUGGCGGCCUGGCCGCUCGGCCUGGGCCCGACGAGCCUCCCCUCGGACGCGCGGCGGACCGAGUUCAACGUCAUGUCCGGCACCUCCAUGGCGUGCCCCCACGUGUCCGGGGUGGCGGCGUUGCUGAGAGCGGCCCACCCCGACUGGUCGCCGGCCGCCGUCCGCUCGGCAAUGAUGACGACGGCGUACAUGACCGACAGCUUGGGCCAACAGAUGCUGGACGAGAACUCCGGCAAUAGGUCGACGGCGUGGGCGCACGGGUCCGGGCACGUGGACCCGGAGAAGGCGGCCGAUCCCGGUCUCAUCUACGACCUAACGGCGGACGACUACCUCAGCUUCUUGUGCAGCUCCAACUAUACCGAGAUGCAAAUCCGGACGAUAGCAAGGAGGACGGUGAACUGCUCUCGGAACUCCGGCCGAAUGCCUUGGGACCUGAACUACCCAUCCAUAUCAGUGGUCCUGGAGCAGCCGAAGGAAAGCAAGCUUCAAGUGAUCGCCCACCGGACGCUGACGAACGUCGCCAAUGGCACAUGUGCCUAUACGGUCGAAACCCGAACACCGGUAGGAGUGCAGAUGGCGGUGGACCCUCAGCAGCUGGUAUUCCAUGGCAAACGUCAGAAGCAGGGGUUCGUGGUGAAUAUAUCCGCCGAGGGCGUUACGUUGCCGCCCGGUGGAUGGAAGACGGAGUUCGGCUCGCUGAGUUGGUCGGAUGGCAAGCACACAGUGAGAAGUCCAAUUGCAGUGACAUGGCAGCAAGCAUUUUAGGGUUCAUAUUCUGCAUGCAUAGGGAAAUGAGUAGAUCGAUGAUGUGAUGGACGCUUGAGAAUCUCAUUGUCAUGUAGACGGCAACAAUAGUGCCAUAAUCCGUACGAUGUUAUCAUCAAGUUUUGUU